AUGAGUUUUGAAAGCGAUACGGAAAAGUCAGACGUGGAAUCGAUCGGGUCGCGCACUCACAUCUGCGAGACAGAGCUAGGAUCAGACGAAGAUGAAGAAGAUAUGUACUAUCCAGAUCCAGAAGGACCGUAUAUAGAUGAACUUAUUACAGACGAGGAAUGGCUAAACAGAAUACAACCGAGAACUAGAAGAAAUUUAAAGGAGAAACCAGGAGUUACAAAACCGCUUUGACAGGAUUGUGGAACCGAGACUUGGUAAGUGUUCGCUCUAUUUCUCACCUUUUAGUUAUUAGCCUGAAAAAUCUUAUCGUACUAAGAUCACACCUUGCCGAUAAAAAGAAAAGGAUAAAAGUUGUAUUCUUCAACUUAAAUACUAUGGUCCUUCUUUUUAAUUUCAAAGGUGCUCAUGUGGCAAUUGUGCUCUUGAUCGGCUGCAAAAUCCCGUGGAAUGCCUCUGCUGCAAGGAAAUCGAAAAGUGUGUCGAAUCACUUGGUAGUACCGCCGUUCUGAAUGAGGUGGAAAUCAGUCCCGAAUGUAUUACAUUGCAUCCAGGUUUCAGUGUCGUUUGCCUUAACAGAUGGUCUCUCCGAUCAGCCGCAAGUAAAUACAAAAGGAUACCGGUAGACGGUACAAAGUAUCGUCAGACUGAUACAGAAGAAAAGUGAGUAAUGUUUUGCCCAGUUUUUUCUGUCAGAGCUAUCUCUAAUUGCUAAUUUACUGUGUUCUCCAAAAGCAACGUUAGCCGGCAAAAGCGCCCGACAGUUGCAACAGAAGCAGUGGUUAUUUGUUCAAACACCAUUUUAAGAGAAAGAUAAUCAAUCGAUUGUUUUUGUUGCCCAUUAUUUUGUAUAAUAGAGAGUUUUUUCCUGACCCAUGAAAGACAAUAGAAUUAAUGCAUGAUAGCGUGUUCCAUUCUACUACCUGUUUAAUCGGUUGAGUAGAAUCACUAUAUUACAAAAAACAUAUGAUAAAGAAUAAAGCAAAAUGUACUUUGCAGAACCCCUAAAAUCAAACUUUUCUCUGGACUUGGGUGUGUGUGUGUGUAUGUGGAAGAGGGGAAGCGGGGGUUGCUAGCCACACCAAACCCCACACAAAGCAUUUUGAUCUCAUCUUUUGCUGACUACUUUCAUCUUUUCUUACUCUGCUCUACUCUUCAAUUCUUGUCCUAUUUUCAACUAUAUUCCACAGUUGAUUUGAUAAUGUUCAGUUCAUAAGAUGUUAAAAGAAAUAGGGAUUUUAGAGACACAAAGGAAGGGCACGAUUGGAAUAGAAAUGCAUCUGCCACUGGUCAUGUGGUAAUACUGGGCUCACAGAGUUGAAAUAAAGGGCGAGGUCAUGACUUGAAUAUUUAUUUUUAUGUCUGCAUUCUUUUACACAGGUUUCUUCGUGGAGUAGCCUACAGAGAGUUUACGCAACUAGUACAUAGUUUUCUUGGGGGAAAGCGGAUUCCACUGCCAGCAAUAAGAACAGAACUUUCAGAAGAGAAUGAAGAAUUUGUUGGUUUUGAAGAUAAUGAAUAA